CGCGCUUUGGUGGGGAUCGCUGGAAGAUCAUCAGUAUGCACAUGCAUAUGAGUGGAUAGGGAAACAGUACACACAAACAAGAUCGGAUGAGUAGUGGACGGGAGUAUAUCUUGCAUCGCCGCGCGAAGUCUGUGAUCAGACGAGAAGAUCGCGUGAUCAAGAAGUCGCUAUGAGAGCAUCAUUAAGCCUGCCGAGAGCUGCACCAUUAUUGUUAACGGUGUUAACAUUGAUCUUGCCUUUGUCGCAUGAACAGGACAUUGGAGAGAGAUGCUCGACCGAUAGUUUCUCAGGUGUGUGCAAGAUAGUGAACGAAUGUUCUACGGUCUAUGAGGCCUUGAAGGAAGGCCAAAUGCCCGCCAAAACCUGCGGCUAUCGGCAUUUUAUUCCAAUAGUUUGUUGUCCGACAAAUCCUACGAAGAAACCAGCACAACCAGCACCAGAAUCGACGACCGAACGUGAAAUCGAUACGACAGUUACACCAAAAGAUAGAGCGUUAGCGAGAGCAAAAUGUGCGGAAGCCGCGAAAGCUGUCUACGGUUUGGAGAUACCGCAUAUUCUUUCGGCGGAUCGACAACUCGUGAACGUGUCGCGUUGCGCGGACAUCCUGAAGUCUCGCCAAUUGAUCGUCGGCGGUAAAAAGGCCGAACCGAGAGAAUUCCCGCACAUGGCGGCUCUUGGUUAUGACCCCAAAGACGACGGGAACAUCCAGUGGCUGUGCGGUGGCACCUUAAUUUCCGCCAAAGUUGUCCUGACAGCCGCUCACUGCACGUGGUCGAACUCUUGGCGAGCCGUAAAGUGGGCGCGAGUUGGUGAUCUGAAUCUCGCGGACACGACCGACGACGCGAAGCCACAGACCGUCAAAAUCCGGGAGAGUAUAAGACACGAGAAAUAUAAACGGCCGUCGCAGUAUCACGACAUAGCUAUACUUCGAUUGGAGAGAGAAGUCACUUACAACGCGUGGGUCAGACCGGCGUGUCUUCCGGUUAAUUGGCCCGACGUGCGUAACUACAACCAGACCAUUGCCACUGGAUGGGGUUUAGUCGACUGGGCUGACGACGCCGGCUCAGACAGUCUGUUGAAAGUGUCGCUCAAUUUGGUUUCGCAUGAUACUUGCAACGGGUUUUUCUCCGACGGCGGCAGUGAAGCGGAACUUGCGCAAGGCGUUGUCGACGAAUGGCAAAUGUGCGCGGGACAGUCUGGUAAAGACACUUGUCAGGGUGACAGCGGAGGUCCUAUCGUCAUCUACAACGACGAUCAUGAAUGCAUGUACACCAUAGUUGGAAUAACCAGUGUCGGACGAUGGUGCGGUAGCGACAUGCCCGGCAUAUAUACUCGAGUUUAUCAUUACGUACCUUGGAUUGAGAGAAACGCGUGGCCGGAAGAUUCUUAACGUGUAUCGCUUUCUCUUAAAACGUUACCUCAAAUAUGUGUUUGUAUACUCAUUUUUUUAUCUAUUAAAUAAAUCUUUUUUUACGUGA